AGCCGAAGAUGUCGGCUCGGUCAUGUGAUCAGCUGUGUCCCAAUCACAGCUGAUCACAUAGCACUGAAAAUCAGGUGUAGCCCCAGAAGUGCCACCUGUCAGUGUCCAUCAGUGCCACCGGUCAGUGCUCAUCAGUGCCACCUGUCAGUGCUCAUCAUUGCCAUGUGCCAGUGCCACAUCAAUGACACAUAUCAGUGCAUACCAGUGCACAUCAAUGCCACAUAUCAGUGCCCAUCUGAGCUGCCUUUCAAUGUCACCCAUCAGUGCCAGUCAGUGCCGCCUAACAGUGCCAGUCAGUGCCGCCUAUCAGUGCCAUAUAUCAGUGCCAUGUAUCCGUGCUGCCUUUCAGUGCCCAUCAGUGAUGCCUGUUAAUGCCCAUCAGUGCAACCUACCAGUGCCUCCUCAUCAGUG